AUAAAAGAUACACAUACACUCAUUUCCGUUCUACCGACCAAAAUAAACAAAAAGAUCAGAACGUGUGUGUUUUGCAUGCGUUUUUCUGGUUUUACAUCGGCUUCCAGUGAGCCUUCCCCAAGUAUCUGUCUUUUGGAGUCGAGGAAAGUUACUAGUCAUGGAAAGCACAUACAACCUUGGUAUGAAAUACCACAUCACCCCACAGCAGGAGUUCCUUCUACAAGGUAGCAUCAGCGACAACUAUCGUGAGAUGCUGCUGCAUCGACUACGAGGACUGUGUGACAACGCUGAGACCACCCCAGAAACUUUCCUCGAUCAUGAGUUGGUAUUUGCACUAAAAGGGUCAGCACAGCCCAGCAGUCAGCUUGUGUUAUUCAGAGUUCGACGCUCACUAGAUCAUACAGACACUCCUUGGUAUAUUCGGUACUGCGGUCAGACAGAGAUUGGAGACAAGACAAGGCCCACCCUUGUCAGAGCAUGUUUUGAUGUGGCUUGCUCUGAAAAUGUUGUUCAGUUUCUGAAUGAAAUGGGAUUCAGGUUGGAUCACGAGUACGUCGUGCGUGGCUGCUUCUUUCACAAGGGGAGGAUGAAGGUGACAGUGUCCAAACUCUACAGAAUGUUGCAGUCUGGUAAUACAGAAAACAACAGUCUGGAGCCGCUGUCUCAGUCGCAGCUGGUGGAGCUGAGUGUAAUUGCACCUGCAGGACAGGAGCAGAUUGGGGAAGACAUGAAGAACUUUUCAGAACAACUUAAACCAUUAGUUCAUCUGGAGAAAAUAGACCACAGAAUGUUGGCCAAGACCCCUCAGUGAUGUUAAGUGGACGAGGGCACCUGUCAGAAAACAUCUGCCACCCAAGAAGAUGCUGCAUCCAGGAAGAUGGAAAUUACAUAAAAUUGUGGAUUGGUGUCACACACUUUCCAAUUUAUGACUGCUCAAAUGUGCUUAGACUAUGUUAUUACCUCAUCAAUGGAUCAGUGUGCACUCGAUUUUAAUUCUCAGCUCCAUGGGGAGUAUACAACCCAACAGCCGGUGAGGUGCUUGAAGGCUAACAGACACUUUUCUCUGCAGUCAACACCACACAUCUAGAAAGUGUGUUUAAACUAAAAUUUAUGAUGACAGUUCAGCAAUAUGAAAUCAAAUCCACCAUGAUCUAUCAUUCCUGUGAAAUAUUGACAUGGUAAACAAUUAAUAGUUUUUCAAGAACUUUUCAGAUGACACACCUCUCAUCUAAUGACAUGGAGCGGGAGAUUUGUGCUAGUUCGUCAGUGUCUUCUGUGUCAUGGGUGGCCCAGUCGUCUAAGGCGCCUCGAUUCGCUGUACAGAGUUGCGUCCCUUAGGCACACCAGAAACCUAUGAUUGUGGGUUCGAAUCCCGGUUCACCCCAAUUAUGUUUCUAGGUUUGUCAGCACCAUAUUUGUGCUCGUGGGUUUCACCAAAGUGGUAACCGUCUGAAACCUGCAUCACUUCAGGCUUUCCUCCCACAUUAAGCUGACACGCCGCAAUAUAACUAUAAUACUGUUUAAAGCGGCGUUAAACCCAACUCACUCACUCACUGUGUCAUAAAGAAACCUGAUCAGGAACAUACCUGUUUCCCACCUACUGCUCCCAAGAGCAGUUCCUGAUGUGUUGGACUCCUGAUGUUGUAAUAAAGGGAUUUUUCCAGUAUUCAUA